AUGUCGAUCAACGGAAUGCAUAACAUGGAAACAAUUCUGCAGGGGAUUUUACCCCCUCAAAUACUGCAAACCUUAGAGGCUGAUGGAGACAGCCCUGAAGAGCUCUUGAAAGCCGAUCUGCUCUCUGAACUGCAGAAGGACAAGCCUGACAAGGCCAAAAUUGGACAUCUCCAAAAACUGACCUUUAACUUGCGCAAGAGGGAGAAACCAACUUUUCAUGACUAUCCCUUCCUCUUGGAGGAAAAGUUUAUAAAGAGGGAAUUCUUCCUAAGGCAACCAGAAGUGUCAGAGGCUAGCUUACAGCAAAACUGGACCAGUCUAAUCAACAUGGUAACGGAGUGCACCAAGCAGGAUAGAUUUGAGAACACCGAGGGUGAAAUCGGACUACUUAAAUACGUAGACACCAAGAUUGCCAUAACCAAGAGGGUCAAGAAACUUCAACCAGCAAUAUCGGUGGAAAAAGCCACGUACAUUCCCACGUCUGUAGCUAGCGAGGCACCCCGCCUAGUCAUCAUAUCACAUGAAGACGAUCAUGAGCUGUCCAAUGGGUUCCUUCUACAUGAUGGUAAUGUCGUAGAGAUGAGGGACACAAAAAAUGUGAUGGAGAUGGUCCUGUUCUUGUCCCAAGCAUACUAUGCCUGGGACCUUCAGUAUCCAAUACAGUACCAGGUUCUUGGUUUCCUGCAACUGUUUUUGCUCAAAGACAGACUGUCUCCAUUUGAGCGGUCUUGCAGUUUCUUCAAAUUUGAGAAAAGAUUGCGGUCCCUGCAACAUGUUGAAUAAGCACAUCAAAACAACAUAAAAGUUGAAUACUUCCAAAAAUGUUAAAUAACUUUGCUAUGUUCAC